AUGUCCACGCAAUCAGGGAUCACCGUAUCAGAACAACUCUCGAAUAAAGUCAAGAAUGACUCUUCAACUAUAAUUAUCAAGGUUUCAUCCGACUCAACUCAAUUGGUACCCGAUUCAUCCUUUCCUCAACCCAGUUCAACCUCCAUUUCGACAAUCUUUGAGCAAUUGCACAGAUACCUCUCAGCAAACUUUCCACAACCUGCUUACAUCAUUGUACCUUACCAAUCCACCAAGGUCUUUAUUUCAUUCAUCCCAGACUCAGCUCCAAUAAAGCAAAAGAUGUUGUAUGCAUCAACCAAAAACACCUUGUUGUCGAACUUGGGGUCGUCUAGUUUCGCUUAUAAGUUUGCUUGGACUGAACUAGAUGAAUUGAGUGCAGAGUACUUGGAGAAAGUGAUCAAUGAGGAUGGUGAAAGCGGCCCAUUAACUGAAGAUGAAAAGAUUUUGCAGAGUUUGAACAAUCAACAACAUAUCCAAGGUCAUGAAUACGGGUUCAAACGAGAGUUGGCAAGCAUGUCUUCUCCAGCGUCAGCAUCAUCAUCAUCCACUUCAGCAUCCGAUAUUUUGUACAAAUUUGAUGCCGAGUUGGAAAGAGAGUUUGGAAAUUUGACAAAGGAUGCAAAUGACCAAGGUUUAUUGAUUUUCAAUAUUGAUUUAGCUUCGGAAUCGAUCAAAUUGACCAACAAGUUGAAUCAAGUUGAAUUGUCGAACUUGAUUGAAAAAUUGCAAAGUAAUUCUCAAUCAGGACCAACUUAUUCCAUCUACAAUUACUCCCCACAAAGGUACACAUUCAUGUAUAGUUGUCCAUCAGGUUCGUCAGUCAAGGACAGAAUGAUUUAUGCUGCUUCCAAAAACAGUUUGAUUAACCACUUGAAGACAUAUUUCAACAAAGACACCUUUUUGGACAAAAAUUUAGAAGUUGGCGAUUGGAACGAAUUGGAAGUGAGUGAAUUGGAAGUUGAUGCACCAGGAUCAAGAUCCGAUACUCCAGCAUCUCUCUCGUCGUCAGCUUCAGACAACAAGCCAUCGAGUGGACUAAAGUUUAGUAAACCAAAGGGACCUCGUAGAAGAUAG